UGUAUGAUAUUCUUGUGCGAAAGUCAAGUGUUGUGUUUCAAACGCGGCAACACUACGCGCCUGCGCGGUAGCACAGCAAGCGAUUGGGUGAGAGCUGCGCGCCAACAAAACGUUUGUUCAAAGCCGCUUCCGCUAUCGAGGUGAUGAGACACAUUGCCGUUGUUUAAGGAAAAUACCUAAAAAUAAAGUGAAAUAUGCAGAGCAAUAAAGUUGAAGAAAUCACGGACAAGUUAGAGGGCUAUCUGUCUAUAGACACAGAGAAGAUGGACAAAUACGACAGGUACCGGCAGGAGGGGAAGGAGGCUGCCAUGCGUGGUGAUUUGCCUGGUGCCCUUGAGCUGUUUGAGUUGGCUUACCAGCUGCAGCCAAGUAACAAGCUGAAGAAACGGAUCCAGGCCAUACAGGAUCUCAUUCAGAGAGAUAAGGAGGAAGAUGAGGAGGAAGAGGAGUUUGUGGAUGUGAAUAAUAGUGGAUUGAUGCUUUAUAAAGGACUCUACAACAAACUGUACGACCAUCAGAAAGAUGGUGUGGCAUUUCUGUACAGUCUCUACCGUGACGGAAGGAAAGGAGGAAUCCUGGCUGACGACAUGGGCCUCGGCAAGACCAUUCAAGUCAUUUCGUUUUUGUCAGGGAUGUAUGAUGCAGAGCUGGCCAAUUAUACCCUGUUAGUCAUGCCUACCUCGCUCAUUAAGAACUGGGUACGUGAGUUCGCCAAGUGGACCCCUGGCAUGAGGGUGAAAGAAUUUCACGGCGCCAGCAAAACUGAGCGAAACAGGAACCUCGAGCGAAUCCAGCGCAGGGGAGGAGUCAUCAUUACCACCUACCAGAUGCUCAUCAACAACUACGAGCAACUUGGAUCAUAUGACCAACGUGAGUUCAAGUGGGACUACGUAAUCCUGGACGAGGCCCACAAAAUUAAAACCUCGUCCACUAAAACCGCUAAAAGCGCUCACGCCAUCCCCGCUAAACACCGUGUGCUACUGACCGGCACUCCAGUUCAGAAUAACCUACGAGAGAUGUGGGCGCUGUUUGACUUCGCUUGCCACGGGUCGCUUCUGGGAACCUCCAAAACAUUCAAAACUGAGUAUGAGAAUCCAAUCACUCGUGCAAGGGAGAAAGACUCCACCCCUGGAGAGAAAGCACUUGGAUUGAGGAUUUCUCAGAACUUGAUGGACAUCAUCAAGCCUUAUUUUCUCAGGCGGACCAAAGCAGAUGUUCAGCACAAAAAGCAAAAACGUGAAGAAGGCUUUGAAGAUGAGGAAGAUCAAGAGAACAAAUGUCCAAAUGCUGGCAAAGGCGUAGAGAUGCCGUCGCUGACGCGAAAGAACGAUCUCAUCGUGUGGACGUACCUCAGCUCGGUGCAGGAGGACAUUUAUAACCAGUUCAUCUCGUUGGACCAUAUUAAGCAGUUGCUGACAACUACCAGGUCGCCGCUGGCAGAGCUUACGGUGUUGAAGAAGCUCUGUGACCAUCCCAGACUCCUGUCUAAUCGAGCUGUGACUCAGCUAGGCCUGGAGCAAGGUUCCGUCUCUGACGCCAUCCAUCCAGACGAUGAGACUGAGUCAGCUGUGAGUCAGAUCGAUAAAAUUUCAGAUGACACCUUGGUUGCGGAGUCGGGGAAGCUGCAGUUUCUCGUGUCUCUAUUGGAAUGCCUCCGUGAAGAGGGCCAUCGGACCCUGAUCUUCUCUCAGUCGAGGAAGAUGCUAGACAUCAUGGAGCGCGUCCUGCGUAACAGAAACUUUCGCCUGCUGCGUUUGGAUGGCACAGUGACGCAUCUGGCAGAAAGGGAGAAGCGUAUCAUGUUGUUCCAGACAGACAAACGUUACACAAUAUUCCUCCUCACCACUCAGGUGGGUGGAGUCGGCAUCACACUGACUGCAGCAAACCGUGUCGUGAUCUUUGACCCCAGCUGGAACCCCGCGACAGAUGCUCAGGCUGUGGACCGCGCCUACCGAAUUGGCCAAACUGAAAAUGUCAUCAUCUAUCGACUCAUCACCUGUGGCACUGUGGAGGAGAGGAUCUACCGCAGACAGGUGUUUAAAGACUCUCUCAUCCGGCAGACAACCGGCGAUAAGAAGAACCCGUUCCGUUACUUCAGUAAGCAGGAGCUGCGUGAACUGUUUAAACUCGAAGACACACGCUCAUCCAGCACUCAGCAGCAGCUUCAGGCAGUGCAUGCACAAAACCGCCGCUCUGACACCAGCCUGGACCAGCACAUCGCUCGCCUUCACAGCAUGGAGAUGUUCGGCAUCUCCGAUCAUGACCUCAUGUUCACUAAAGAGGUGGCAGCCAAUGAAGACGACCCUGAGGAUGCAGAGUCACAUCACUACAUACAAACACGUGUCCAGAAAGCACAAGAGCUCAUGCAGGCAGAAUCAGAACUGCAAGGCCAGCUCUUGGACAGCAUGGCCCAGAACACCGAACCCGCUUGGCUCAGGCAAAUGAACCAGCCGAAAUCUGCUGGUAGAGACCGCCCGGCCCCCCCACGUGUCAAAAAAGAGCCUGUGACAGUGGAUCUGACACAUAACAGUUACGAUGAGUCAGAACUAGAGGAAGAUGAGCAGAACUUUCCACCAGCUGAGAAUGCGGAGGUGGAAGUUGUAAGUGAAGAAGUGCAAAUUGUAGAUGAAGAUGACCAAGUGGAAAAUGAGUCUCCUUGGUCUGCUGGAGAAAGAAACGUGCAUGUUAGCCCCGCUGCUGACAAGCAAGCUCACACUGUGAUCACGCUGGAUGACAGUUUAGAUGAGGAGGACCAGUUUUACACUAAUGCAGCAUCAGGCAAUCAAAACUUGCCAAGUCCUUCUCGCCAGUUUCCAAAGCUGGAAGAACUUUCUAUAGCAUCGGAUGCUCUUGGUAACGAAGAGGUUCAGGUGGACAAGCUUAAUUUAAAGAUGUUUUCAUCACCCCAAUCUCCAAAUGAGGCCACAGCAGGAGAGUCUUUCAAAGCAGAGGUGGAAGCGCUUCAGGGAAACUUCAACUUGCAGCUGGAGGACAGUGCGGAUAUGUUCUCUGUCGAAGAAGAGGAAGUUCGUGAUGUUGAGGAGUCGCUAGCCGAGGAAAGUCAUGGAUUUCAGCUUCAGAUGGACAUCAGUGGAGAAAGGCUAGAAGAAGCGAGUAUCCAUGAAAGCAGACAAGAUGGUAACCAAAACAAUGUUGAAAUCAGCAACUGUAACACUGGUGAAGUCAGCAAGCAUGAAUCUCCUCUGAGGAUCCGUUCUGCUCCGGACACACCUGCAGACGACUCCUUUGUGCAUUCAGUUCAGAGAAAAAAAAGGCAGGUCAUCUCUGACACUGAUGAAGACGAAGAAGAGGAGGAGUCAGAGAAGCCAUGUUUAACAAGCAGUCCAUUGACCAGUGGCCUCAGCAGGCUGGGCUCUUCAACACCAAAAUCCACUUUGAUUGACGGCAGCCAACUCCAGCACAGCUUGAACGCUUCGGUGGCAUCAAGAAGGACCUUCGUUAUGUCCAUGCUGGAGAAUGAGUCAGAUGAGGAGUCAGCAGAGCCCUGUGAAGAUAAAACCAAAUCCUAUGAGAUUUCGGAAGCUAGUGAAAGUUAUGCAGAUGAAUCAGUGGUGGAAGAAGAGGAGCCCAGUGGAGAGACUUUGAACUCGGAAGAGUCAGAAAGUCACAAGGAGCUUGAAGAGGUGGAAGAAAGCGUAGAUUCAAGAGGAGACUGGGAGCAUGAAGAAUGGCACAGCGCCCUGCUUGAAUCCACUGCUGAUGUUGAACUAGACUCUAAUGAAAUGAUGGACCAGUGUGCCCCUAAAACAUUCCCUCCGGAAACACACAUUCUUCCUGCUAGCUCCUCAGGCAGUGAUGUGACUGCUGCUAAACCCUCCGAGAACACGUAUGAGAUGCUGGUCCUGUCUGGGAAACAGUGUUUGGCAGAAGGGAGGAAGCAGGCAGCUCUGGAUUUCUUUCUAAAAGCCAUAGACAUUAAUACUGGUGAUGCUGAGAUCCAGCUCUUGAUCAUUCAGCUGUACAGACAACUUAGCCAAUAGCAAAAUUAAAAUGUGCGCUAUCAUAUAUGUACCAUAUUUGACAUAACUUCUUUUUUUUUCUGUCUGUUGGUAAAAAGUUGCAGACUGCAUGUGAAUUAAAUAUGCUGAACUGAUCAGAGGAAAUACUUAAGAAAAAUAUGUUGUGUAUCUUAAUACUGUUUGUGGAUUUUCCCAGUAAUUCCUCUUCAUGUUUAUUUGUUUACUUAAAUUUCCAUGUUUCAUUGGUUUCAAACUGUUCAAUUGAUCAUAUCCUGAUAUGUACAAUUGUGGAGAAAAAAAAUAAAUUCUCUGAGGUUUCGUAGCUUGUUUCGUUGCCUGUAUGAUUUUUCUGCAUUCCAGAUGUGAAUCUGCACUUUAGAAUAGUAUUUUCUGAAUAUCAAACCUUAUCUGUUUAAGUUCUUUUUUGCAUGAACUUUAUUUUCUGUGGUAAUUGGUCCUGUGUAACAGAUCUAGCAUAUACAGUUUAUAAAUACUUUACAUUUUCUGCCCAUAUGCUUUUCUACCAAAGUAGUUUAAGUACAUUAAAAUCAAUAUACAGUAA